GAAGGAAGGUGUUGAUGUAAUUGUGACUUUGAGUGAUGAAACACCACCUCAUAGGUCAGCCAACAAGCUCUUCAAGUGUCAUCUCAUCCACAUAGAGGAAUUUGAAGAUCCAUCUAUGGAACAAAUUAGUAAAUUUAUUUCCAUUUGCGAUGAGGCCAAUAGAGAAAAGAAGGUAGUGUGUGUUCACUGCAGGAUGGGACGAGGACGAACAGGAGUACUACUUGCAUGUUACCUCAUGAAAUAUUAUGGCCAGGCUCCUGGUGAAGCCAUAUGUAACGUGCGACUGAUGCGACCAGGUAGCGUUGAGACGCGCGAACAAGAGAGAGCUGUCAAAAAUUUUCGGGACUACCUUGCAUGGGGCCAUUUAUAAAAUAGUUAUUUUAUAGUUUGAAAGAAAAUUUAGAUUAAUGGAAGUUAAUCAGUAUUGUUUAGGUUGAUGUAUAGAAAGUAAAUAUGUAUAAUAU